AUGCUAUCAUCCAUUCUAAAACUAUAUCUAGCGUUUUUAUUCUUCUGGAAAGUAAAGCUAGUCGCAGCUUCCAUAAACCCAAUUGAAAUUCAUGAACAACAUUUCUACGACUCUGUCACAGGAGAACCCUUUUUUAUCAAGGGUGUCGACUAUCAGCCAGGUGGAUCCUCUGAUGUAACUAGUAAUCGAGAUCCACUUUCCAAUGCCAAGAUAUGUGCCCGUGAUGUUUUCCUAUUCCAAAAGCUGGGCAUCAACACCAUACGAGUGUACUCGAUAAGUCCAGAUUUAGAUCAUGACGAAUGUAUGACCAUGAUGGCAGCGGCCGGGAUUUACUUGAUUCUGGACGUCAACUCCCCAUUAGAAAACCAGCAUCUCAAUAGGUAUGAACCUUGGACAACCUACAAUGAGGGCUAUCUGGAGCACGUCUUCAAAGUGGUCGAGCAAUUUAGCCAUUACAACAACACCUUGGGAUUUUUUGCCGGUAACGAGAUUAUCAACGAUGGUCAGUCCGCCAGGCGUUGUCCUCCUUACAUAAGGGCAGUUGUCAACGACAUCAAGCAAUACAUUCAAGCCUACUCUCCGCGAACCAUCCCAGUAGGAUACUCGGCAGCUGAUGAUUUGAAGUACCGGAUUCCAUUGUCUCAGUACCUGGAGUGUCAUGAUGAAAAUCAUCCAGAUUCGAGUAUCGACUUCUAUGGCGUUAACUCAUAUCAGUGGUGUGGACCACAAACCAUCCAGUCAUCAGGAUACGAUCAGCUUGUUGACGCGUACAAGCAAUUCUCUAAGCCCGUAUUCUUUUCAGAAUUUGGGUGCAACACUUUUAGGCCACGCUCCUUCGAAGAGGUCGAAGCGUUGUACUCGGAAAGUAUGAUCAAUACAUUCAGUGGAGGCCUCGUUUACGAGUUUACAGAAGAGCCCAACGAAUACGGGCUGGUGAAGAUGAGUGAUGACAAUAGUGCUCAGAUUCUUCAAGACUUUGUCAACUUGCAAGGUCGCUUUGCUAAUAUCGAAAGUAAAGAGUUUCAAAUGAUCCGUAAAAACGCAGUGAGUUUGAUGGCCUCUGCUCCUUUACCAACUUGCGAAGACAAAUAUGAAAAUCUUCAGGUUGACGCAACUGUGGCAGGAGGUAUCGCUAAAAAUCUUCUCAAAACGGGAGUUGACCAAAAAAAGGGUAGGUAUUUGAACCUGGAAGAAUCAGUUUAUUCCUCAGAUUACGAAAUUCACGACGUGAAUGGGAAAUCCUUCGAAAGCCCUCGCAGAAUAUCAAUAGUCCAUAAAAUCGAAGGCUCAGAACCCGAGGUUCGGCACCGAAACCAGUCGCAGGAAACGGAGUCGUCUUCUACAGUGUCCCCAAGGCCGAAUGAUGAUAAAAAAGACACUGUAAAGCAAAAUGAAGCUAUCUCACUCAAGUAUUCCCUGACAUCCGUUAUUUCCUGGUGCCUAGGUUCGAUUUGUUUGAUUGUGAGCCUGAUGCUAUUCUAA